AAGCAGAUUAUGUUAAUAUAUGAAAUGCAGCCAUCUCUGCAGCUACCAUUCUGAGGCAUCCCACUGCGUCCCUGGAGAGGAUCAAGGUGGAUGGUGAAGGGCCUGUUAGGCUGCAGCCAUGGAAACCAAGCAGGAACCAUCCGCCGUGUGGAGCCAGGCGGUCAACAGCGACUCAAACAAUUCAACACAGGUGCAUUUCGAAGGCAGCACUGUGGCCCAGAUUGUGUACAGCGGCGAUCAGGCGGAGCGGGCGGAGCAGCAAGUGGUCUAUACAGCAGAGGGGAACUCCUACGCCUCGGUGGAGUCUGCAGAGCACACUUUAGUCUACAUUCACCCUGCAGAUGGUUCUCAGACUGUGUUUUCUGAUCAGCCACAAGUGGCUUACAUCCAGCAGGAUGGCACAACUCAGCAGGUGACAGUUCUCCUGCCUGGUGGACAGAACGUGAACGCUGCCAACCUGCAUGUUCUCAGUAAUGUGGCCGAUGCUCCUCAGGCCAUUCUAGAGCCUGUUUCCCAGGAGCAGCUUUCCAACUCGCUGACAGAUAUGGGUGACAUGGCAGAGCCGGCCAGCAGCCCGCUUGGAGCCACGGACUCCACAGACGACUCGGACGAAGUGGAGGACGAAGACUCGGAGAUGGACGACUGGGAGCUGCGACACCCUCAGCCGUUUGACCCCCACACCCUCUGGUGUGAGGAGUGUAACAGUGCCAACCCGUCAGACUGUCCCCUACACGGCCCCCUGCAUCCCAUUCCCAACCGGCCCGUGUUGUCCAAAGCCAGGGCCAGUCUGCCUCAGAUCCUUUACAUCGACCGUUUCCUGGGAGGAGUUUUCUCCAAGAGGCGCAUCCCUAAACGCACACAGUUCGGCCCUGUGGAGGGACCACUGGUUCCACAGAGUGAGCUGCAGGAACACUACUUUCAGUUAAAGCUUUGCAUGCUGGAUGCAGAGAAGGAAGGAGAGAAGGCGAGCGACGUGUGGCUGGACCUUUCUGAUGAGGAGAGCUGCAACUGGAUGAUGUUUGUGAGGCCGGCACAGAAUCACCUGGAGCAGAACCUGGUGGCCUAUCAGUACGGCUCUGAAAUCUUUUACACCACCAUCAAACACAUCCAGCCCAAACAGGAGCUGAAGGUGUGGUAUGCAGCCUCGUAUGCAGACUUUGUGAAUCAGAAGAUCCACGAUGUUACAGAUGAAGAGAGGAAAGCCCUCCAGGAGCAGGAGUGGAACUGGCCGUGCUACGAGUGCAACAGGCGCUUCGUGAGCUCGGAGCAGCUGCAGCAGCAUCUUAACAUGCACGACGACAAGUUGGGCUCCAUUUCAAGAUCAAGAGGCCGCGGCAGAGGGAGGGGCAGGAAGAGGUUUGGGACGGGGAGGAGACCAGGGCGCCCUCCGAAAUUCAUCCGCAUGGACACACCUGUAGACACCAAUGGGAACAAGGCAGGAGAGCUUCUGGAGUUAACAGAGAAAGCGUUGGAGGAGCGGGAAGAGGGAGCAGAGAACGGGCUGAAGGAAGUGGACAUGGAGCCUGAGGUGGAGGCUGGGACUGAGGACGAGGGUCCGCUGGAACCCCUGACCGAGGAACCGCUCCUACAGCCAGAGGCAGAGUCCGCUAAUACGGAGCUGCCUGUUCCACUAAAGGAGGACCCGGCACAGAGCAGCCAGCCAGAAUCCCACCUCACAUCCCAGGACAUGCACCGUGCAAAGAAAAUCCGGACGGAUGAACAGAAUGCAGCCCUGCAGCACCUGUUCAUCAGGAAGAGUUUCCGCCCUUUCAAAUGCACGCUAUGCGGCAAGGCCUUCCGGGACAAAGACAAGCUGGAUCUGCACCUGAGGAUCCACGGCCGUGACGCCUACACCUUCUCCUGCCACUUGUGUUGCAAAAGCUUUGUGAGCGACUCUGCUCUGGAGGACCACCUGCUGAUGCACACGGAGAACCGCUCCUACUCCUGCCUUCUGUGUCAGGAGACAUUUGAGAGGUUGGAGCUGCUGAAGGACCAUGUGGACGUCCAUUCUGUGAAUGGCUGCUACCCCUGUCCAACCUGCAAGAAGACUUUCACCGACUUCAUGCAGGUGAAGAAGCAUAUCCGCUGCUUUCAUUCAGAGAAGAUCUUCCAGUGCCCUGACUGUGAGAAGGCCUUCUGCCGACCGGACAAGCUGCGGCUCCACAUGCUGCGACACUCUGACCGCAAGGACUUCCUGUGCUCAACAUGCGGCAAACAGUUCAAGAGAAAGGAUAAGCUGCGUGAACAUAUGCAGCGCAUGCACAACCCGGACAGAGAGGCCAAGAAGUCCGACCGGACCCACCACUCCAAAGCCCAUAAAACCAAGGUCCCCGCCACCGAUCUGGACAGCUUCGUGUUCAAAUGCAGACUGUGCAUGAUGGGGUUCCGGCGCAGAGGAAUGCUGGUGAACCAUUUGUCCAAACGGCAUCCGGAGAUGCGGAUCGACGACGUGCCUGAGUUAACACUCCCCAUCAUCAAACCCAACAGGGAUUACUUCUGCCAAUAUUGCGACAAGGUUUAUAAGAGCGCCAGUAAGAGGAAAGCUCACAUCCUGAAGAAUCAUCCAGGAGCAGAGCUUCCCCCCAGCAUCCGGAAGCUGCGCCCGGCUGCUCCUGGCGAACCAGACCCAAUGCUGAGUACUCACACCCAGCUGAGCGGAACCAUUGCAACAGCCCCAGUCUGCUGCCCACACUGUGCCAAACAAUACAGCAGCAAGACUAAGAUGGUCCAGCACAUCAGAAAGAAACACCCGGAGUUCGCAAACAGCAUCCAGGCAUCUCUGACUGCGGCAGUCAUCAGCAGCGCUCCCACAGUCAUCAGCGCUGAGGCUGCCCCUGCAGAGGCUGUAGUGCCCACCGACCUGCUGACCCAGGCCAUGACGGAGCUUUCUCAGACGCUGACCACAGACUACCGCACCACACAGGGAGACUACCAGAGGAUCCAGUAUAUUCCAGUGUCGCAGGCAGGAGGUGGGCUGUCACAGCCGCAGCACAUUCAGCUACAGGUGGUCCAGGUAGCUCCAGUCUCCUCUCCUCACUCCCAGGCUCAGGCGGUGGAUGUUAGCCAGCUGCAGGAUCCUCACGGCUACAGUCAGCACUCCAUCCAUGUCCAGGUCUCUGACUCGUCAGGCACCGCACAAGCUGCCGCACAGGGAAGCAGCCAGCCUCUAAGCCCCGCCUCCCAGCAGCCCAGCCAGGAGAUGAGCCCAGCCCAGCUGACCCCCGUUACCUUAGCUCAGGGUCAAACCCUCCAGACCAGCAGCACCCAGCAGGGGGCAGUGCAGCACGCCUACAUCCCUGGAAACUGGAACUACACACGAUACCCAUCUGAGAUCCAGAUGAUGACGCUACCUCACGCACAGUAUGUGAUCGCUGAGCCCAGCACGUCGGCAGGCGGCGGGAGCCAGGUGAAAACGACGCACUUCGUUAUCUCAGAGGGUCAGAGUGAGCUGGACACGAAGCAAACGGCUCCUCAGAACACAAACCAGGAACAGGCGGAUCCCCUGGAGCAGCAGCCGGCGAGCCAGCAGGCCACCACGCAGUACAUCAUCACCACGACAACCAACGGCAGCGGAACCAGUGAAGUCCACAUCACUAAGCCGUGACCCGAUUCUGCAUGGAAACCCGUUCUGUGGAAAGUUUGCUGGCCUGCUCAUGAAGAACUGAGGCGUGGAUUUGUGUUCCUGUAGCGCCGAAACGCUUCCAGCACAGUUUUAUGUGUCUGAAUGAUGAGCUUCUAGACUGUAUCAGUAAAAAAAAAAAAAAAAGAAAAAAUAAAACCUGAUGUUUCUAUUUUAGGAGAUUAUUAUAAA